AACACACAAGCUGGUCUGGUUUCUGAAGCAGAGAAGAAAAUCUGAAACAGCGCGAAAACAAGAGUUAGAAUCGAUGGAGCGCUACAGACUGAACCCGAACUUCAAUGGAGCUGCCACUGCUCCUCAAAAACCCAAUCUUUUCCUCAAUCCCACUUCUCAAAUCUCCCUUCCCCCAAAACCCCACCUCCAAGACCCCCCCAUCUCCCCUUACCUUCAACCCCAGCGACCAAACACCGCUGCCGGCGAUCGCCUCCGCCACACUGCUGAUGACUCUGAGCUCAGUAUCUUCAACGCCGAGCGUUAUUUUAACGAAGGGCAAGAUUCCAACGAAACAUCUAAAAAGCUCACUCCAAUCGCCGAAAGGCGCGACCUUUCUCCUAAAAGCUCACUCGACGGUUUCAGCCGAAAUUCCAGAAGCCGCUCUUUUCACACGACGCCCACUGCCUCGUCGGAAGCCAGCUGGAAUAGCCAAGCAGGUCUUCUGAAAAACCCACCAGGCUCGCUUUCCGUCACCGUUAAAGGCUUCCCUGUUGCAGAACAGAGGAAAGGCUCUGCUUCGCCCGGCCGACGGCUUUUCCGCCGGAGCUGUCCUUGUGCAGGCAAGAAGUCCGUCGACGUUGAGGAGAGCUACUCAGACCCCAAAAGCCCCGUUCGGUCUAGCUUCGAAUCCACUGCUAAAAAUCAGAACUUGAUCAAAGCAGAGCAAGAAGUGGAGAAGGCCACAAAGGUGAAGGUUUUCCCUGGAAUCUCGCCAAAAGAAAACGAUGCAUUUCGAUUCUCUCCGGAAAUCUCUCGCCGGACUGUGAACUCUGGCGGGUUCUCCUUCCCCAUUCUUGCUUCACCCAAGAAGGAAGCCGUGGAAGACCCCGCAAGAGAUUCACUAGAAGUCUUUCAACCGCCCAUCGACGGAACGUCAUCUCCUGUGCUGAGAAAAUCUACGGAUUUUCAAAAAAAUUCUGAUCGCCGGAGUUUUAACAUCCCGGGGAGUCCCAAGCUGCGGUCGCCUGUCGACGAUGACCUCGCUAGCGAUGCAAGUUCGGAUCUUUUUGAAAUAGAGAGUCUUUCAACUCAGAUAACUAGCCGCCGGAGUUACUCCAUCGACGAGCUUCCUUCGCUGGCGUUCGAACCGAAGAAGAUUGCCGGGAAUUUGCCGCUCCAGCGAAGCAUAGAAGAGGAGUGCUACCCGCCCAGUGAGGUGAGCGUGUCGUGGAGUGUGACGACGGCAGAGGGUUUCGACCGUGCAAGCAUUGCAAACUUUUCAAGCGCCGUCUCAGAAUUCGGCGAGCACCCGUUCGAGCCGUUUGCCGGCGAAGGAAAGAAGGGCUUAAGUGUAGGCGGUUUGCUCAGCUGCCGGUCCGAAAAAGCGGUUUGUGUGGUGGCCCCCCAACUUGUGCGGUUCGGACCGGAUGUGCAGCGAAGGACUGGGGCGUCAGUUUUUGCGGUCGAGCCGGAUCGUGUUAUGGGUUUGGCGAGGCUGGGGGCUGUGAACCCGGUCCGAGAUGGUGCUGGGUUGCUUGGCCCGCGAUCGGUUCGCAUGAACCGGAUUGUUCAACCGAUUAAUGCGAGGGUUUAUUGAACUGGUUUGGAGCUCGCGAAGUUUCUGUAUUUGUUGUUAUUUGGAUCUUUUUUAAAUAAUUUUGGACUGG